GUAAAACGCGCAGAUCGACUCGAACGCAGAAUCAGUUUGAUCCGGACCCGAUCGGAAAAACAAAUCUAAGGUCUCGUCUGUGCUGAUCGGACUUCAUUCAGUGCGCAGGUGUAACGUUAGCGGGAUGAGAUGAAUGCUGAUGUUAUUCAUCUCCCAGCUGUACAUCCGUGGAGCAGAAUCCCCAAAACAACCCGGCUGAACCCCACACAGACCGACACCACUGCAUGGGCUCUGUCCACACCACAGUGAGGUCAAAACCCACUCUGUCCAGCCAACAGUGAGAGAAUGGAUCCCAGGGGGUGCUACAUUGACCCUUCUCCAGACCCUGAGGACAUGGAGGCCCAGUUGGACUUUUUCCUCAAACUCGGCUACUCUACGGCGCAGGUUCAGGCGGUUCAGCAGAAGCUUGGUCUGAACACAGACACUGAUAAGUUUCUGGGGGAGCUGGUUCGGGUCAGUGCUGGCACAGAGUCCAAAAAGGGCCCGGUGGCGACAAUGUCAGUGUUGUUGUCCAAAGGGGACACGCAGGUCACGCCCCCCACCCUGCUGCUGCCUGUCACAGCUCAAUCACCUCAACCCAAAGAGGGGAAGAGUGAAGACGAAGAUGCUCUGAGACACAUUGUUAUAGACGGGAGCAAUGUGGCCAUGAGCCACGGGAACAAGGAAGUGUUCUCUUGUUUGGGAAUCCAGCUGGCUGUGAAUUUCUUCCUCGACAGAGGCCACACAGCUAUCACGGUCUUUGUUCCCUCGUGGAGGAAGGAGCAGCCCAGACCAGAUGUCCCCAUAACAGAUCAGCACAUUCUGCGAGACCUGGAGAGGAAGAAGAUCUUGGUCUUCACGCCAUCGCGACGUGUUGCGGGCAAACGAGUGGUCUGCCACGACGACCGCUUCAUCGUCAGGUUGGCGUACGAAUGCGACGGCGUCAUCGUGUCCAACGACUUGUACCGGGACCUUCAGGGAGAGAAGCCGGAGUGGAAGCGCUUCAUUGAGGAACGGCUGCUGAUGUACUCGUUUGUCAACAAUAAGUUUAUGCCUCCUGAUGAUCCUCUGGGCCGUCAUGGACCAACUCUCGAGAACUUCCUGCGGAGGUUUCCAAAGUCUCACAAGAAACUGCCAUGCCCUUAUGGAAAGAAAUGUACUUAUGGAAUCAAAUGUAAAUUUCACCAUCCUGAGCGAGCCAAACAGUCGAGUCUGUCUCUUGCUGAUGAGCUUCGAGAGAACGCCAAGAACCAUCUGACAUCUCAAAAACACUCCACAGCAGGAUCCACUCCUGGUUCUGGACACAGCCUGUCUUUAGUGGAGGAGAUGGCUCUCAAACUGACCCUGGAACAGUACAGUGACGCCACCAAAAAAGAUAAUAAAACUGAAAAUGCAGUUCCAAUGAAAGGAAGUCACCGUUCGGGCAAAAGAGUAACAGCUAGAAAGGAGAAGAUUAGCCAGCACCCUGGUUCGGACCUGAGCUCCAUGUGGCACGGUGGCUCUCAGGAGCAGCUGGACUCUGGAUUGGGGUCUAUAGAGAGUCAGCUGGCGGAGGCUCCGUGGAGUCACUGUGAUCACCAGUAUGUGGCAUCAUACGGAAGCUGCCACAGUCCAAGACAAACGUUCUGCCCCUCUAGAAGUGCGCCGUGCAGCUGCUGCUCCCACAGGCCUCCCUCGCAGGGGAGCGCAUCAGUUUUCCAGCAUCCCAGUAUCGGGUCAUCCACUGAUCAAAACCUGGAUGUGAUAUCUUACGGUACCCAUCAUUAUUCCAGGUACGACGCGCCUGCAUACCCGGUGAGCAUGCCACCGUACAGUCAGCCAGCUGAGUUCCCGCACAGCCGAGUCCACAGUCUUAAUCAGCCCCAGUACUGGUCUGACCCAUAUGGGGCUCAUCCUCCGGCGGUUUGCAGGGUUCCAGCAGAGCUCUCACACUGGAUACCUCCACACGCAAAUCCCUGCGGAGAAAAGAGAGAGGUUGUCCGGAAGAAACUCUUGGCUAUUUUUAAUGCCCACUUAGUGGACGCUGCCAUGGACAUGUUUCCUCACCUGAUGGAUCCACAGCUUCUGGUUGUUGAGAUCCUCAUGCUCCAGUGUCAGAGCAGAGUCUUGAGAUGAUCUCUGGGGCUCGUCCGAAUCCACGUUGGAAGACAUGAAUUUGUGUGUUACUGUAUUGUGGUAUCCACCUUAGAAAUAUAAUAACCUUCUGAAUCAUGUUGUCUCUGUGCAGCAGAUUUAAUAAGAGGCUGUCUGUAGUUGAUACAAAUUGUAUCAUUAAUGAAAAGCCUUUGUAAGAUUGGGGUUUCUAAUGUCAUUUUAACCCACAUGAUCUUGGAUGAGAUGAACACUGCAUGUAUAAAUAAGGGCACUAUGUGCCAACAACUGAAAUAAUUCUGCAAUGCUAUGCUUGGGGGGUGGGACAUAUAUAUAUUAUAUAUAUAUAUAUAUAUAUAUAAACGCAGGUGGGGGUUCUUAUUGUAAUGAAUAUGAACUUUGCACAGCCAGGUCCAUAAGUAUUUGGACACUGUGAUCACAGUAUUUGUAAUCCUGCUUCUGUGCAUCACCACAAUGGAGCUGAAAUUAAACAUUCAAUAUGUACUUGUAGUGUAAACUUUUAUCUUUACUUAAGGGUUUCAUUAACCCUUUAGGAAUUACAGACAUUUUUAUACACAGUCCCUGCAUUUUCAAAAGCCAUAAGUAAUUGCACAAACUCAAUACAAAUCAUUAGGGCUCCAUCACAUUUAGCAAGAAUCAAGCUGACCCAGACAGAAUGUCAAAAAAAAAAAACAUAAUUCGUGGCACAUCUGGGAGGGAAUAAGAACUAUGGAGGACAACCGUCUGACUACUCAGACUGCG